CUUUCUUGUUUUCGUCGUCGCGUCGCUCGUGGGAGCAUUGGGGACGUCCCUACGCCACAUGAGGCUUCAGCAGGAGCCGAAUCAGCCGAUGACCCAUCCUGGGCCCAUGCCGUCUGGUGAGAUCUGAAACAGGAUCUGAACAAAAUGGGAGAUCCAUCGGUAGAUCUGAGUGUGUGGGGAUGCGUGUGGUUCAGGAGACCCCAUGUGCAAGAGCGGCAUUGUCAGCAAGGACCUCGCCGUCUGCUGCAGACCUGAAUGGUGCGCAGCGCAUGAACCUUCCAAAGAAAAAGCUUAAGACGGAGGAGAGGUCCUUGGGUGUGUUGUGUGUUGUGCUGUUGUGCUGUUGUCGUCGUGCAGCUCCGUUUGCUCUGACUAUGAGGACUGCAAGGUCGCAAAGUGACUGACCAGCCAUGCAUCUCGCAAUGUGUGUGCUGCACUGCACUGCAGGCGAGCCCCAAUGUCCCCGCCCACUGCUGCCCGGCGCUCAUCGUCAAAGGUGCGUGUGUCCGCCUCAUGCAUGGCUGCGCGAGAAUAGCAGGUGGGUGCAUGUCGAUGCGUGGCUGCAGCUAUGGAGUCGUGUGAUGCCACGCAUCCGCCGUGUGUCUUGUCGGAGACAUUCAAGAGUAAGUGGGGGGGGGGCUGCCUGCCUGCCUGUCUGUCUGUCUGUCUGUUUGUGUGUGUGUGUGUGUGUGUGCAUCGCUAUGUGUGACGUAUGCAGCGAGUGGGCAGGAGUUCCCUGUGGGCGUCAACGACACGUCAGCCGAAUGCAACUCGGUCGAGAGGAACGGUCAGCGUGUCUGUCGUCGGCACAUUCACAUACGUACUGAAUGUGUAAUGAUGGUUGGUUGAUGCAUUAGAGAACUCUCGUCAGGCUGCCGCUGCCGCAAAGGGAACGGUCGGCCCCACACCAACCAAACAGAGACAUAAGGGAUUCUUUCACUUGGAUGGUUGCAGGUGUCUGGCAAGGCCAUCGGAGCUGCCAACGCCGCCGACGUGAAGACGGGACUGAUCAUGCCAUAGCUAUGUGUCUCACUCUCUCUGUCUAUGCAAUGCAGGGGCUGACCGACUACGUCAUGAAGAACGCGCCGAACAGUGAGCAGUCGACAGAGGCACAGGCACACCGAGCCGACGCGCAAAUGGCGGUGUGGAGAGAGAGAGAGGGAGGGAGGGAGGGAGAGAGAGAGGGGGAUAAGCCAGGUCGCGAGGGCAUUCCUUUGUUGCCUGUUCUGUUUAUGCAGGCUGGCGUGGCUGCACAGCAGGCCCUCGACCCCACCAAGACAGCCCAAGACAUACAGCCAAACACGUACGCAGCCACGCACACACACACACAGAGAGAAAGAGAGAGAGGGACAACAUCGAUCACUGGAGCAUGUGGUGUGGUGUGCGGCAGGGACCAUGCCGUGAGUGCGCGUGAUGCGGUGCGGGCCAUCGCUGAGGGCAUCGCCGCCGCCAAGACGCAGACGUAUGACACACAGGCGCCACAUGCCCCCAGUGUGUCGCCAGCAUGACGCCAGCCAGGGUGGACAGACAAGUGGAUAGACCAUAUGGUUUGGUGUGUGGACUGACGGACGAUUGA